AGCCUAUAUUUGCACAUUUCUCUAGCCUAAUUGCCUGACAGGCUAUGUGAAGAAGGUUGUUUGGAAAAAUGAGGCUAUUCACAUGGUGCUGCCUAACGGAGAGCUGAUGGAGCCAGAUGAGAAAGGCAGGAGGCGAGCCCCUCCGGUUGCGCGUCAGCAUCCCCUCAAAUAGGAAUCCGCUGCUGUCACUUCUGCUCUACAUAUACAGAGACGGACGGCUGUAACCGUGAAACAACAAUUAACGGCGAAUUUCCUGUAGCGUGCAGCUGCUGUUUCUUGUGAUGUCAAGGAGGAAGAGUAAGGUGAGGCUGUGAGGAGGCUAGAGCUUUGCGAAGAAUGAUAGUGGGGAUCAAGGCGCGCUGUCCCAGGAGAACUCAUCUGAAGAGCUGGCCCUGAGAGACCGGGAUGCUCCUCUAACGCACCGGGGGGCGAGUUUUCCUGUGCAGAGUUUGAGCUCGAGUAGAAGUGAGUGAGUAAGUGAGAGGGAGUGGGUGUCAUGGAUUACAGGGAAGAUGUCGACUCCAACUACAAAAACUUGCUGCUCUUGGGAGCCAUCGCAGCAGCAUCCGCCUUUGUGGUCACCAUCCUUAUUGUCCUUGUCUGUGUUGGCUGCCAAAGAAAAAGCAAGAGCAAGCACCCCCCAGCCGGAGAGAAAGGGACAUCUGUAAAUAUGGGUUCCCUCCGACACCCAAAACUGAACUCCAUGAGCAAAUCUGACACCAGGCUGCAUGAGAUCAAUCGCUUUCCCUGCAAUGGAAACUCUGUUAGUAAGAGCCGUCCGGCCAGUAUGGACCUCCUGCUCCUCCACAGUCGGCGCUCCCAGACAGACCUGAGGCCCUCCCAUGGGCGCCAGCUUCCCCAGAUCCCCACCAGUCCCCAGGGAUCUGGCCAGGGAGGAGGAGGGGAAACAGGAGGAGAUGGGGGAGGAGGAGGAGGAGGAGGGGAGGCUAGAGACCACACCUACACUGAGGUGGGCAUACGGAACAACCCCACCCCAACCCACUGCCUAGAUGAUGGACUGUAUGAAAGUGUAGGUGUCCGGGAAGGUGACACGGGCCCGAAGGUACAGUCGGCUCCACCAACCACAUCAGCCAACACUCCGGCUACAGUCAGAACUGCCCAAAGCCCCCCAGCUCAGGCCAACGGAGCUCGCAGUGGGAACGGGAACGGUGGCAGAGGGAAUGGCAGAGGGAAUGGCAGAGGGAAUGGCACCAUUAACGGGCCGAUAACAGCUAGAGGUAAUGGUACGAGUGGGGUCAACAGGUCGCCUCUGUCUUCGGUCAACUCCCUGGCCAUCCAAGAUCCAACUGGAGCUGAGUACGCUUCCAUACGGAAGUUCAGAAAGGUUGACAAGACAAACAGGAAGGAGAAUAACGGAGGCGACAGCCAGUCAGACAGCCAAUCGAGUGUGAGUGAUUCACCCUCUGCGGCUCCUCCUCCACUACAUCGCAGUCAGGAGUUUCUGCGCAAACCACUGGAGCCGUUUCACCUGCACUCCUUCCCAAAGGAGGCAGUGUUCAUGGGCAACGGGGAGCAGUACAUCUGGAAGCCUCCAGAGGAAGAUGAAAUUAUCACCUUACACCCACCUCCACUCCACGGAGAGAACGGACAGGGGCACCCAUCGCCCCCAACUGCAAAGGAGAUAGCAGACACCUACUCCAUCGUGUGUAAAACCCAGAAGAAGAAACCACCUAUGGAAAACAACGGAGCAAAGACCCUCCCACGCUCCUUUGGUGGAGAGAGAGGAAACGCAGGUUCAAGGGGCCGAGGCCGAGGAGUCCAGGGCCCGACGCGUUCCCAGGAGGAGCCCUGCUACGAGCCGGUAGGAGACAGGUCCUGGCCCACAUGUGCAGUGGCCGAGUCUGACCCCGCGUAUGCUACUAUCGACACCCACCGGAAACGUGAGCCAGCAGGAAACAAUAACAGCACAGUUGGGGGUAAUGCCACUCUGAAGAGGAAGAAGCAGACACCGCAGCAGCCGACAGCCCCAACGGCACCUCAGGGCUCAGGACCCACUGCCCUGCCUGCUAGAGGCCUGCCUGGUGGGGAAAACUUCUAUGAGACCAUCAGCGAUGUGAAACAAGGGGCCAACAGCUCCAGCACCACCACCAUCUUCACUUUCAAUGAUGGGAUGGAGAUGUAUGUCACUGGCCUGUAGCUGGCUGGCAGGCAGAAAGGGACCAGAACCCACUGGUACAGAGUCAUGAAAGGGACCCUCCUGUUCACCGGCCAACAGGUUGCUGUACAUAGGUAAAAGGCCCUCAAUAGACAAACAAUAUGAGGAUCCAUUUUGUGAUGACAUCAGGUACAAACAGGGUCUUAAUCCAGGUUCAGACUCCCUUGAUUGGUCUGUACUUCAGAACCAGCCUAAGUCUAGUCCAGCCCAUAUAUGGACCAAAUAUGUUUUAACUCAAAAAAAAUUAAAAGAUAAGAAAACUGGAAUAUACAUCUUCAACCUACUGUGUCACUGACCAUACUCACCUGUUUGUGCAUCAUUUUCCAUAAUAUCUUUAUUUUUAUAUGAACACUGUACUCUUUAAAGAGUAUGUAACACACUUUAAUAUAUAUAUAGAUAUAUAUAAAAAUACAAAAAUGUGCAUGCAUUGUGCAAACACACACCUAUAAAUAAACAGUAGCAAGGAAACUUCGUUUGUUAGGAAUAUGAAGCCCACUGUUAGCUAAUGCCAGCCACACACACACACACACACACACACACACACACCUCAUCUUUGGGGGACUUAUGUAAUAUAAGCAGAUGGAUGUCAGAGAUUUGCGGUGCUUAGCUCUCCCUAAGCAAACAUCUGAAACAGGUUCUCUGUGCGCACUGGCCUGUUGCCUGGCAGGCAGCAUUGUGGUGCUUCGUUUAAACAUAGGCCUGUAAGUCUAUAGUUAGGCUUGUAGUAAUAGUAAUAGCGUAGGCUAUAGUCCCCACUUCACAAUUACCAUCAGUGUGCCCUCAACAGUUAUCGACAUCCCUCAUGAUAACUAUAAAAAGUGCGUUUUGAUCAGUAAUGUAACUUUCAAAUAACAUUACUUAACAAUCUACAGUCAGAUUUAACAUCUGUAGCCAGAAGCAUGAUGACAUACCCCAACACACCGACACACAGAUACACACAUACUUGGCAGAGUUAUGCAGGGUAAGGCAAUCAGGUCAGGGGCAUUGAGUGGGUUGAGUAAGAAUUUCCCCAGAGUGAUAUGGGUGACAGAUUUCACAGUGAAAGACCUUUACUGUAUUACCAUAAAUUAAUAUAAUUGAAAUGAAACAAGUGAGAGAAGAAUAUUUUCAAAAAUAAGGAAGCGAAAGAGUGUCCAAAAUAACACAGGAUGCUUCAUCCUGUGCAGUUAGUAUGUCUUGUCCUUUGGGCGCUGUAAACCUCUGAUUUUAUGACCAUUAUAAUUUUGCACUGGACAGCUGCGGGACUGGUCGGCUUAAUUGUGCAUUAACGUGCUGUAAAUGGCAUUUCCAAGCACAGUUCUGAUUCGCUCUCUGGUCUCAAGUCAAAGCCAGAGCUCCCCAUAGCUCACCAGACUUAAGUCUGGUGGUUCAAAUAGCUACAGAGGGCUUGGAAUCCAAGGAAAAUAAAGAGCUGGGCAAAAAAAAUUACCAGCUAGUGUCCUUUGGAAGGUUGCCCCUCGCCCUUUCCCCACCCGCGUCUCCAGCCCCAGCACUGAGUUCUCUUCCAUUGUAAACAAUGUCUUUCCCAUGCAGCUUUGGGGAGCAUUAGAAAAGAAAGAAGAGAGGAAGAAAACAAAUCAUUGGAGGCUUAAUAAAUAGGCAUAAAGAUAAGAGGGGAAGAGGCAUACAAACUCCUCACAGGCUGAGAGAUGGAGGAUGCAUUAGAAUGAGCUCGCUGGGAGACAACAAUGCAAAGAGAAGACGGGUUUAGAAAAGUUAGUAAUAUAAAUGUAUAAAUGCUACUGUGUCAGAAAGUAUGUAAAAACAAAUACACUCUGUAUGUCAAUGCACUGUUUUUUUUCCUCUUACCUACUGACAAUACCAUUGGUUGAAUAGCUCAUGCCACUGCCAUGAAAACAAUACAUUUAUGUUGUUGGUGCAAUUUUUUCCUGCUUGAUCAAAAAAGUGCAUGCUUUUAUAUAUGGAGAUGAAAACAAAUAUUGUGGUACUUAAUUGAUCUCUUGUUUGUUAAUCUUUUCUGUUGUGAUGCAAAGCAGCAUUCCUUUUUUGUUGUUGUUUUGUUUUUACCAAAGCAACAACUUGUUGGAGGAGGAUGAGGGGAGAGAAAUAGAAAGACAGAGAGAAGCCGCUGGGAGUUUAGAGCAGAGCGUUGUUUAUCCUCUGCUCUGGGGGAGCAAGAAAGAGCAAUAGAGGUUAGGAGGGAGGAGAACAACAGCCAGAAUAAAGCUGGAUGAGGAUCACUGCAAAUGGACACAGACCCAAAGGACCCUCCUCCUUCUGAUGUGUUUGUGUGCCAGCACAUACACACACACACACACACACAUACAGCGGCACACAUACACACUGCAACCUUGAGCCAUGUGCGUUUCCAGUUUAGGGGAGGAAGCACAUUUUGCUUCCACUUGGUCAGCCCUUGCAUAUAUUCCCUCCCCCAGCUGUGUUCAACCACCAGUAACUGACACAGACCUCUCUUUUCUCUGCUUCACCUCUCCCCCUCGCUGUGCAGGGGAGGGGCCUUUGAUGUCCAGUUCUGAGGGACUCAGGGAGUGAUUUGAGGGGGGAGGGGCAGAGGACCCCAGUCAGAUAAUAACAAUGCACCAAUGGCUCAACUACUGCCUGAUAUGAGAAAUGGCUAACAGCUGAGGCGCUUAACAAGCUCUGCUGAGGCUUCCCUUAGACAAUGCUGGCUGGAAAUCGCUAUCACACUUAAUCCUUCUUCCCUGGCUGUCACUUUAUGUGUCACAUUUUCUUUAUCCUGAGAGAAAAGCACUGAUCGGAUAUAUUUUGUUGAACACUGUUACACACUGAUCAAGACAGAUGUUCAUUGCACAAACGGAUACAGUAUGAUGAUGUAAAUGUGUAAAAUACUCUGUUGCUGUUCUGAUGUUGUUCCAAUGUAACAUACAGUAUAUAUGUUGACAAAAAAAAGAUGGUUAUCACAGACACGUUGUUCUUUGUGGAUGCAAAAUGUUUCAUGCUUUCCAUGCAGAUACAGAUGCUGUUUGUUAAUUGUCUUCAGAUAUAAUCAUGGGCCAAUACUGCUGUGACAGCUGUAGCCAAUGUUGUCUGUUCUUAAAGCACAGGGUUUAGUUUAAAAAUAAUAAAUAUAAUAAAAUAUAGUGUGACAGUGCAGAUAUGCAAAAGAUUGUAAUGUUUUAUAUUAACCUUCAUAAAAUAUUAAAGUGAGUUUUUACUUUUCUA